GGAACAACCGUGACUCGAUGUCUCCUUUGGCAGCCGCGUCCCAGCUCGCACACACACGGGUUUUAUUGCCCUUAGCUACCAAGGAAGGAGGUUACUCGUCUCUCACUUCUGGAUAACGCCGCCGUUAUUGGAUUGCUUGAGAACUCAUCGCACAGCAUCGCACCUAGGCCGAGAAUGCCGAAGUAUAACGCCGUAGGGAUCACUGCGACGCUCUCAAUAGCCAAUCUGCAGGCUUCAUGUUCGAAUGUCUUUGACCUCCGAAUGGGCACAGAGCAGCGUGCCGACGCUGAGCGUAUCGAGAAGGUGUUCGCUGGCGGGCAGCUUCUGGUGGAGAAGCCAGUUGGCGAAGAUGGUGGCGAAAAAGGUGUUCUGCAGUUUGUUGGCAUUAACGAGGAUGUUCCGCUGCUCGUAGUUGAGGCUGGCGGGACGUUGCUGGGCGCGCAAGGACUCAAAUCGCUUGUGAAACAGAAGGACGAUGCUCAAGCGCUAUUCUCUUCGCACGCAUCAGCUUUGCAGCCUAUCGCAACCUCGACUCUGCACGAAAUUGACCAUGGAGUGACAUCUCCCGGCCUAGCGCUCACCAAAGGGUUUUCCAUUCAGCCUUCCGCCAAGGCAGCGCUGCAAGGUGAAUGCGGGCCUUCUUCCAAGAAGACGAAAAAAGCACGCAAGGCCCGCGACAAGCAGACUAAGUCGAGCCCAGUAGACGCUCUCCAGCGCAGUGUGUCUAGUUUCGAGCGCGUACAAGGCUAUCUUGACAACGUCAACGAGCCGCAAGCGCUUUGUCUCACCGUAGAUCUGGUGAAUAAGUCCUUCCUACCACAGCAGCGAGGCAGCACCGUCCGCGUGACCAACAAGGACCUGAAGCUAGAAGUUUUCAUUAACGGCGAGCUCGUGGGCAGUAGCUUCGUCAAUACGCGCGGCUCCGCCGUCGAGCUUCGAAACGACAGAGUGCGCUUUGCCGGGACGAGGCUUCACCGUCAGCUUGAAAAGCCAUGGGUCUACGUUGGUCAGGCUGGUGACCCGGCGUACUCCACAUCGGAGCAGCGCUGGCAAGCUACCGGCGAAGCACUCGGGACUGAAGCGCGCAUGCGAGGUCAUAAUAACUGGGGAGACUCUCCACCUUCGGCGCAGCUGCUGAAUGCACUGUCGCAAAUGCACUUGCCUGACCGCCUACGUCAAAAGCAUCAGCUAGCUGUCAUUGACUUAGUCAUAACUGCAGGCAGCGGGAAGAAGUACGGCCCUGAAGCGGGCUAUAUCACGGAGCCUUCUCGCAUGAAGGAGCCUAAUUACGUAUCGAAAAGCUCGCCGUCGGAUCCUCUUGCAGGAAACAAAGCAACGCACGACUUGUCCCAGCCUGACGCAGAUCGGUGCCGACUAUCCGCACCUGCCGUCAAUACCAUCACCGAGACCCCACUAGAUGUUCCAUUUAUUGAGCAACGCCCUGCAGUUGCUGUCAACGAUGGAGUACAGCCUGCCCCACCCGUCACACCUCCACGCCGCAAGCGCGUUGCAGACUUUGCAUUGGAGGUUGGGUUGGAAGGCGUGGACUUGGACAUGGCAACCUCGCCGUACGAGAAUUCUCGGGGCAUGAGCGGCAAACGCCGCAACUUACGGCAACGGCUCAACGACAUCAGCCUGAUGAACUCGAACAACAAGGAGAAGCACCUGACAUUACUUCGCGAGGAGCUGAACAUUACCGGUGCAUUACGCAACGCCGAAGCAAUCAUGGACGUUGAAAGUGCGGCUACGCAGCCUUCGCCAUUCAAGAGAGCUCGCCUGAGUUGCGACGGCAAUUCUGCGCUUGAGAUGUUAGCGGCUGCCGCUGUUGGUCCCACUGAAGCGACCAUCGAUCCCAGGAAGCUUCUGUUCAUCGGCGCUUCUGCACCAGCGGUGCAGCCUCCGGUGGCGGCAGAUCCGGAUGCACUACUCACACAAAAUCGUAUCGACAUGGCGCUUCAUGCCGGAGCUGCUUUCGCGGGUCCCCUGCUCCGCCACAUCGCUUCGGCCCCUCCACAGCGUCUACCACAGAAAGCAACGCGUGCAUCGUCCUUGGCCAACUCACCGUGUGCCACGCCCGUCAAAGAAUCGCCAAGGAGCAAAGCGGCGCAGACUCCGAAUCUGCAGCGUAGCAUGUAUGUCCCUCGUGUGGGCUCUCCUAUUCCAAUAGAUCCGGUGCUGAAUGCACCGCAUCGAUCCGGUCGCGGCGCGAACAGGACACGGCAUGCCUGGAACCCGACGGAGAAAACUCCACAGCAAGCGAUGGACGAGUUCAGUGUGCCCGAUCUGAGUAGAGGUUGCGCGAUUACCUACGCUGGUGAUGGAGUGCAGAGACAAGUGGGCAAGGCGAGAAAUGGGGAGUUCAGGGAGGAAGCCGUGGUGGUGGGCAUGAGAUUUAUCGUAGUAUAACGCCAGAGUCAUGGCGGCAUGGCGGGACAUGUAGUCGCACCGUGUCAGAGGCAUGCGAUAUAUGGAUGACAUUACGCGGCGUUCCCGAUCGCUGUAAAGCCGUGACUUGUGUGCGGCAGAUUAGACUCUUUCGAUGUUGGCCUCCAAGAAUAUGCACGGAAGGACUCAUUAAGCAUGCUGCAAGUGGAGGUACAAGCUUUUAUCGAACGCUCGCCAAGCUCGCCGGCGUCCAUGGAUUGAAUCUAGUAGGCUCUGAAGUAGAACUCUCUUGGAACGCUACUCUG